AUGGCCGCGCUCGCAUCCAUGAAGAUAAACACGAUGGUGAAAGACGCGGAGGCCGCGAAGGCCAAGGAGCGCAAACGCAACGCGAUCGUCUUACUCCUCAGGUACCUGCGCGAUAACGGCUACGUGGACAGCGCGGAGGUGCUCCAGAGGGAGUCUUCGCUGGCGCCUGGCACGGUAGAUGCAGCGGACAACGUGCACCUCGAGCGCAUCUUCCGCGAGCUCGAGGAGCACCACAUCCAACGGUUCGGCAGGGCACCAAAGCUCUUCAGGCGGGCGGGGGAGACCCUAGAGAUAGACGCGGGCGGCGCGGCGGGCACGGCGACGGGACGGCCGGGGCAGCGCGGGGUUCCCCUGGGGCGCGACGCGAAUUCCAAAAACGUCAACAACGCCGCCGCCGCCGCCGCGGGUCGGGGAUACGGCUCCGUCGCAGGGAAAACGUCCGCCUCGACGUCCGAACGGGCCGGGUCGCGGGCGAAGACGCCGGCGUCGCAACGCGGGGCCGCGCCGGAUCUGUCCGUCAGCGGCGACGGCGGCGCGCGGCGGCGGGGAGCGGGCGCGGCGGCGGAUGUCUCGGGACCCUGCCCUCCGCCCGCGGCGUCCACUCUCGACUUGGGCGCGGGCGACCUGAACGACCUGGCGGAGGUGAUACGCAGGGACAUACACUGGGGCAACCCCAACGUCCCGUGGGAGUCCGUCGCGGGGUUGGACGACGCCAAGCGUUUGCUGAAGGAGGCUGUGGUGAUGCCGAUUCGAUACCCCGAGCUGUUUCGCGGUUUGUUGGCGCCGUGGCGGGGCGUCUUGCUGUAUGGUCCCCCGGGCACGGGCAAGACGAUGCUCGCCAAAGCCGUCGCCACCGAGUGCGACACGACGUUCUUCAACGUGUCGUCGUCCACCGUCGUGAGCAAGUGGCGGGGCGACAGCGAGAAGCUGGUGCGCGUGCUGUUCGAGCUCGCGCAUCACCACGCGCCCAGCACCGUCUUCAUGGACGAGAUCGACGCGUUGAUGAGCGCGCGGGGGGGACCGGGCGGGGGCGGGGGCGGUGAGCACGAGGCGAGCCGGCGCAUGAAGACCGAGCUGUUGAUCCAGAUGGACGGCCUGGCGUCGCCCGCGCGGUGCGCCAGCGGGGUCUUCGUGCUCUGCGCGACGAACCUGCCGUGGGAGCUGGACCUCGCCAUGCUGCGCAGGCUGGAGAAGCGGGUGCUGGUGGGCCUGCCCAACAGGGACGCGAGGCUGGCGAUGGCCAAGACGUUGCUGCGACCUCACGAGAUGGAUCACGGGGUGAGCCUGGAUCGGGUGGCGGACGAGACGGUGGGGUACAGCGGGUCCGACGUCGCGACGCUGUGCAAGGAGAUGGCCAUGCGGCCGCUGCGGCGACUGAUGGCCAGGUUGGAGGGGGAAGGUCGCCGCGCGCCCCGCGCCGCGCCCGUGAGCGUGGGAUCCAUCACGGAGGAGGACGCGAGGUUGGCGAUGGAGGUGACGAAACCGUCGGCGGUGCUGCACCUGUCGAGGUACGAGGACUGGUGCGAGCAGUUUGGCGACCACCGCCACUAG